AUGCCCAGCCGAGACUGCCCUUCGAGCUGUGGCCACUUCUGCAAUAGAAAGCAGUACCAUCCACCAAGUCUGUCUCAGAGAAAGAAGGGUUAUGUGCUCUCUCUGGUCUGUCCGAACUCGUCCAGGGCCUGGUGUGAGAUCACGAAUGUGUCCCAGCUGGUGGUUGCUCCUGCCGUCUACACAGAUCUGAAUUCAAGCCUAACCAACUUGAGCAUUUCUGCACACACGGAAAACAAGUACAGUCUUUAUGUGGGCUUGGCACUGGCAGUAAGCUCCAGCAUAUUUAUUGGCUCCAGCUUCAUAUUGAAGAAGAAGGGACUCUUGCAACUGGCCCACAAGGGCGUGACUAGAGCAGGGCAAGGUGGGCAUUCCUAUCUCAAAGAAUGGAUUUGGUGGGCAGGAUUACUCUCAAUGGGAAGGGGAAAAAGUAUGCUGGUGUCUCAUGCAUUUAAGAUCUCUACCCUAGUAACUGCUGUUGGUUUUUUUCCUUCUCCUAACAGUGCAAUUUUGUCUUCCUAUUUUUUAAAUGAACACCUGAAUAUUCAUGGGAAAAUAGGCUGCAUAUUAAGUAUACUGGGGUCAACUGUGAUGGUUAUCCAUGCCCCUCAAGAAGAAGAAGUUGCUUCUUUGAACGAAAUGGAAAUGAAAUUGAGAGAUCCAGGUCUGUAG